AUGUAAAUUGAAUAAUUAUUUUUUGAUUCUUCAAAUUAGAAUGAUAAGAAUUAAUGGGUAAAACUUGACUCUAUUAAACGUUCAAUUUCAAAUAUUAGAUUAUUUGAGGGAACAUUAUUUAUUAAGAGCAAAAAGUAAAAUGCUUUUGAUCCUAAAUUUUUUAAGUUGUUUUCAGAUAGAUUGAAUAUCUAUAAAGUAUAAUUAUAAUAAAGAUUUAUUAUUAGAAUGGGAGAGAACAAAAAGAAACAGCUGCUCUAUUCUUGACUAAUGUCUAUUUAGACUUAAAAUUAUUGGUUGAAUAUGAAAAAGAUAAAUAUCCCAUAAUAUUAAUAAAUGGAAAUAGAAAGUUAAUUUUGAAUGCUCGUUCUUAAGAAAGUCAGAUAAAAUGGAUUGAAUAAUUCAAGAAAACCUGUAUAAUGAACAAUUAUAAAGACAUAUACACAAAUAUUAAAGUAUUAGGAAAGGGUACAUUUGCAAAGGUAAUAUAAUUCAUAAAUAAGGUAUUUUUAGGCCAUAAAAUAAUUAAUAAAUCCAAAUUUGCAGUAAAGACUUUUCAAAAAUCAGCAUUGAUUGAUAAAAAGAAUACUUAAAGGGUAUAUUUUUAAUAAUAAUAUUGUUUUAGUAAGGAUUAAUAAAUGAAAUUAAUAUAUUGAGAUCAUGUGAUCAUCCAAAUAUUAUAAAACUCUAUGAAAUUUAUGAAAGUGAAGAUUAUAUCUAUUUAGUUAUGGAAUUAUUAUAAGGAGGAGAAUUAUUUGAUAUUAUACUUGAGACUCCUUUUUUUCUUGAAUCAAAAAUAGCAUUAAUUAUGUUCAAAAUAUUUGAUGCUUUGGAGUAUCUACAUACUAAAGUAUUAUUACUUCUAUCCAAUCAAGAAUAUUAUGCAUAGAGAUAUUAAAUUAGAGAAUAUAUUAUUAAAGGACAAAUCAGAGAAUUUCGAUUUAAAAAUAGCUGAUUUUGGUUUAGCAUCUUAUACUGAAAGUGAAUUAUUAAUUAAAAGAUGUGGUACUCCUGGAUAUGUUGCUCCUGAAAUUCUAGAUGAUUAAAAAUAUAAUGAAAAAGUUGAUGUUUUUAGUGCAGGAAUUAUACUAUAUAUAUUGUAAAAUGUUUAAAAAUGAUAGACUAACUGGAUAAGCCCCAUUUUAUGGUAAUAGUUUAGAUGAUGUGAUAGAAAAGAAUAGAGUUUGUUAAAUCAAUUUUUAAGGCUUAAAAAUAUCUCAAGAUGCCUAAGAUUUAUUAUAUAAAACAUUAGAACCUAAUCCUAAAAAUAGAAUUUCAUCUUUGGAAGCUUUAUCUCAUCCUUUUAUAUCAAGAUUAUAUAAAAGAUAAGUUAAUAGUAUGGAUGAUAUACCAUUAGAUGAAUUACCAAAUGAUAAUUAUAGUGCAUUUGAAAACAUGAAGAAAUUUUGUCAAAAUAAUAUGAGAUUCAAAAUGUCAAAACUUAAAAAAAAUGAAUUAAUUUAAUAAACUCCAUUUAUGGGUGCCAGAGAAUAUGAUCCAGUAAAAGCAACCUCUGAUAGUUGGUUGAAUGAGAAAUCUAAUGAAAUACAAUCAAAAUAAAUAUUUAAUUUUCCCUGCAUUUAAUAAUAAUCAUCAGACUUUGAUAUAUCAAUCUUAAAUACUCCUGAAUCAAGAAAAGAUACUUAAAGAUUUGUUUAAUUGAAUGCUUUACAAUAAAUUGCCUUUAAUUAAUAAUCCCCAAAUUAAUCUAUGUAUUCACCAAAUAAUUAUUAAAAGCAAUAAAUUUAAAUGAACUCCAAAAAAGCCAGCUAAGUUAGAGAUUAAUUAAAAAAAUUAGAAUGA